ACCUUCACCUGAGCCCCUAUAUAAACCCACCCUCCUCUGUACUCAUCCACAACCUAAUCAAAACGAGUUUCCGAUUCCCAUUUUCACUCAUAGAAUUCGCUGCGAUUUCUCUCUGUUCCUCCGUUUCCCAAUCGCUAUUAAUUUUGAUUCCAAGCCUGAUCGUGAUAUCUGAGAACCAUACAUUGGUCUGCGUUUUUGCUAUUUUCUAUAAUUACAGGAGGUUUUGAAUGAGCUAAUGGAGUCUGAAGGUGGAGAGAAGAAGUCCAGUAGUAGUAAAUCCUUUUUGUAUGAAGCUCCUCUCGAUUACAUAAUUGAAGACGUUCGACCACACGGUGGAAUCAAGAAGUUCAGAUCUGCUGCUUACUCAAACUGCAUCCGCAAACCAUCCUGAAAUUUCCUUGGCUGCAACAUAGUCCCAUACUUUUGCAUACUGCAUACUGCGAUAUCGUCCUAGUCUCCUCUUCUCCUUUUUCCUGUCCCCUUCUUUGCUUUUCUUGUUCAGUCUCCAUACAGCAAGAGUUUUUUUUCCCUUUGAGUCAAUAUGGCCUUGACAAGCUCAGCUAUUGGUUUUGAAGGCUAUGAAAAGAGGCUUGAGAUAUCAUUUUAUGAGCGUGGUGUGUUUGCUGACCCUGAAGGAUUAGGCCUCCGAGAAUUGUCUAGAGACCAAUUGGAUGAGAUUCUGAACCCAGCACAGUGCACUAUUGUUGGCUCUCUGUCAAAUGAUUAUGUUGAUUCUUAUGUUCUUUCGGAGUCAAGCCUGUUUGUCUAUCCUUACAAAGUUAUCAUCAAAACUUGCGGAACUACGAAAUUGCUUCUGUCCAUCCCUGUCAUUCUUAAGCUUGCUGAUUCCCUUAACAUUGCUGUGAAAUCUGUGAGGUACACUCGUGGAAGCUUCAUUUUCCCUGAGGCACAGCCAUUCCCUCACCGUAACUUCUCAGAGGAAGUUGCUGUUCUUAACAACUAUUUCGGAAAUCUUGGUUCUGGUGGCCAAGCUUAUGUGAUGGGUGACCCUGACAAGUCACAAAUUUGGCACAUCUAUGCUGCUAGUGCAGAGCCAAAAGGCUCAUCAGAAGCCGUCUAUGGCCUUGAGAUGUGCAUGACGGGUUUGGAUAAGGAAAGUGCAUCUGUGUUUUUCAAAGACAACACAUCUUCAGCAGCUUUGAUGACAACAAACUCUGGAAUCAAUAAGAUCCUUCCACAAUCUGAUAUAUGUGAUUUUGAAUUUGACCCUUGUGGUUAUUCAAUGAAUGGAAUAGAAGGAAGUGCAAUAUCCACCAUCCAUGUUACCCCAGAAGAUGGUUUCAGCUACGCAAGUUUUGAAGCUGUGGGUUAUGACUAUGAAGACCUGUCUCUGACCGAACUUGUUGAAAGGGUUUUGGCAUGCUUCCAUCCAGCUGAGUUUUCUGUUGCUCUGCACAUGGACAUGCAUGGUGAAAAACUUGACAAGUUUCCCCUGGAUAUUGAAGGAUACUACUGUGACAAGAGGGGCACUGAAGAGCUUGGAGCUGGUGGCGCAGUUAUGUUCCAUAGCUUCGUUCGAGUUGAUGGCUGUGCAUCUCCAAAGUCUAUUCUGAAAUGCUGCUGGAGUGAAGAUGAGAACGACGAGGAAGUGAAGGGGAUAUAGUUGUUGUCUUUAUGUUUUGUUCUUGUUUAUCUUUACUGUCAAGAGUGUUAUUUACUUGAAUAAAUUUGGGGCUAUGUUGUGAAAGUUCAGCAAUAUAUUGUUAUGUUGCUUGAAUGCUUGAUCGUGCUGUUUCUUUUAGUCAAUUUAGGAUUUGUCCCAGACAGCGAUGGAUGCUAGCUUGCUCUCAUAUGAGGGCGUUGCACCUAAUAAAUAAAUGCACUCUAUAUUAUAAUUUUAA